GAUAUUUUCUAUUGACCCAUCACUCAAAGAAACAAAUAUCAGAGAUAUAGCAGAGAUACUUAGAAAAUAUUACAAGUUCAGGAGUAUACCAAAUGAUUUCUUCGUACAAAAACCUGCCCUACUACAGGAUCCAAACAAACUGAAACUACACACCCAAUACACUUACCCAAUUACUAAUGACAAAAUUGCACGCAAAUUCUUUAACGAAGCAAAAGCAAAAUACAAGAUAAACUUCCCAAUAAACCAGGCAAUUCUGACAGCCAACCCCACAAACAAACCAAGACUAUCACUAAACCCUACAGAGAUCAAAGAAUUCAACAUUACAAUACCCAUCACAUCAUUCAGAAUACUAGUAGAAACAGCAAAACUUCUGAGAAAAGAAUACUACUUCGAACACAUCCCAUUAAACUGGAUCAACAUACCUAUCAGACCUAAUGAAAUUCAUGAAAUCAAAACUAACAAGAAACCAAUGAUACCAACAAGCCUAGUUCAGCUACAGGAAGCACUUGAAAAUAUCACAGACGAAAUUUACAUUAAUGUAACAAUUAAAUAA